UUUAAUAAGUGUUCCGGUAAGUGUUCCAUUUAAACACCAAUCUCUUGUAAUAAUUUAAACACCGAUCUCUUGUGCUCCAGAAUCACCACAAAUCUCUUGUAAUAAUUUAAACACCAAUCUCUUGUAGUAAUUUAAACACCGAUCUCUUGACAAUUGGUGUUUAUUUGGAACCUGUAUGAAUAGAUUGGGCAGGGAACAUAUAGCAGUGUUUUCCGAGCGAAGGAGAUUGAGACGGGGAAGAUAGUGGCUUUAAAGAAGGUGAGAUUUGACAAUUUUGAGCCAGAAAGUGUACGGUUUAUGGCACGAGAAAUAUUGAUUCUUAGAAGGCUUGAUCAUCCCAAUAUCAUUAAACUGGAAGGCUUGAUUACUUCAAGAUUGUCUUGUAGCAUCUACCUUGUAUUUGAGUACAUGGAGCAUGAUGUUAAAUGGCUCUUGUCAAAACCAGAAAUCAACUUUACUGAAUCACAGAUCAAAUGCUACAUGAAACAGUUGUUAUCUGGUCUUGAGCACUGUCACUCAAGGGGUGUAAUGCACCGGGACAUUAAAGGGUCAAAUCUUCUGGUGAAUAAUGAAGGGAUAUUAAAGGUAGCAGAUUUUGGAUUGGCGAAUGUCUGUAGUUACGGGAACAAGCAGCCACUAACUAGUCGCGUUGUCACGUUAUGGUACCGUCCUCCAGAACUUUUGUUUGGUUCAACAGAUUAUGGUCCAUCUGUGGAUAUUUGGAGUGUUGGUUGUGUCUUUGCAGAGUUACUAGUUGGGAAGCCUAUACUUAAGGGAAGAACAGAGGUAGUAAUACCUAUCUUUUCAAAAUGUAUGCACUUUUCUCCUUCCCAAAAUUCAGCAAAAUGGAUGUAAAACAGCUUUUGAUUACAGACGAUUGAUA